GGUGUUUUUGGUGACAGAUCACCAGGCAGGCAGACUAUAGCAUUUAUGCAUAGGUAUUCCUAGACUGCCCUCUUGUGGAGACAACUGUUACUUGCAGAGUUAUAGUGAUAUUACUGUUUUCAUUUAUUGGAGUGCACUAUAUCUUGGCAUAACAAAUUCGCCUUUUCCUUACCUAAAUGCUGUCAGUACACUACACGAGAUAUUCGGUUGGCUGUGUUAACUCAGCGGAGUCACCGCAGAUAGGGUGAAGCUUACCAUUUGGUCAAACAGAAAAUGUAGCCAUUGUCAUCUACUCUCUAAAAAGUCUUUAUAAGGGGAACUUCAGAUGAAAGACACAACAUACCUGUAUAAUAAACACGUCCAAUGGUUCUUUAAUUUGGAAAAGAACUUCCUUGCUUUUGCCUCCAUUUCUGUUGAGUUACUCUUGAUUAUCCCAGAUGGUCUAAUGAGAUAAUAAUAAGUUCAGUUAGUUCUUAUACAUACAACCAUGUUAGGACUACAAUGUCACAUGGUGAAGUGCUGGGCAUGAAUAAAGCCGACUGCAUGCUAGUGUGGUGUGUUGAACGGCAGGCUUCAUGAUAAUUUUGAGAUUGUUGACAUUUCACAGGUCACAUAGCCUCGUUUUAGAUAUUGGCCUACUACUUUUAGCAUUACAUGUUACAAAACCUUUUGGAUAACUAGAGUAAAGGGCAUCAGUUGUGUUUUAAUAUAUUCUUUUAUACAUUAUUUAUUUGUUAUAUUUUUUGUAUAAACACCAGUCAGGCUAUGUAUCUCCUAAACCCCUUACACCUGAGGUAAACCACCAUGCUUGGAGUUAAAAGGUACCCAUAUCUGCCAGCAUCAGACUGUUGUGGCUUUAUCCCAAGUUAGGCCUAUGACUGCGCUAGUGUGGGUGCAGGCCCAUUUUUUCUUAGACAAAGGUGGAAGAGUGGAUACUAUCUGAUCUUAGAAACUUAUUCUGCAUUAAUACCCAAAUUAUGUAGUAACUCGGACGCAAUAGACCUAUUAAAUGAAGAGUGUUCAGAUUAAACGCAUCCUUUGCGCGAUCUAUUGGUGGCGGUACCAUGUUACCAUAGAAACAGCAUCCGGGAUGGCACUUUCCCCUCCUCCUUGGCCACAUUCCCGAGCGACAGCUUGUAUUGGUUACAGCUCAGAGGAUGUCAGCAUCUCGUCCACAGAGGCAAGAGACUUUUAAAGCGGAAAUCCAACCCACUGGAAUCACGCUGGCCUAAAGAGCACACCAGAACUGUGGGCGAGGCUUACAGCAAAUACUCGAGCCUAUUGGAGUUUAUGUACAUCUAUUAUGUGGGAAAAUACCUAGGCCCAUCCAUCUCACUGGUACGGAGGCCGAGUGGAGACUAUGAUUACGCGUCAGUGGGUCUCCACCCGACUGUAUGGUGACCGCGGAUGUAGUCGUUGGUGAGAGGUGAGCGAGGAGGACUUAAAGAUGCGGAAUAUACGGAGAGGAAAUGUUUAUUGUGUCGACUUUAGGCGGGGGAACUACUAAAUUGAACCAGCGGAAGGUUCCUGAUAAAACGUUGGAGAGUCCGCCGAAUUUAAGAGGAGUGCAGCUUGUGUAGUGGCAGCAAGUUUAUGUCUAUUUCAGCUUAAUGUGGUGAUCUGGCAUUGUCAAUUAAAUGUCGUUUGUCAGUGUGUCACGCUUUUGUACAUUUUAUUGUGCAUGGCAGUGUGCCGUAACCUACUUUAGCAUCUGACAGAUUGCUCUACAUAUCAGAUCUGCCAGUCGCCAAUUUCUGCAAUGAAGUCCAGCCGUUGCCGACGAAUCUUUGUGUUUCGCUUAUUUAUUUUCAGCAGCUGAAUAAUUGCUAAGCUAUAACCAGCCAUGCCCGGGCCGAGCUUCUAUUGUGUUAUUACAGGAUGGAAUGCAAGUUUUGCGUUGCAUUGCGCCACGCUAGUCGGUUUUGUUCAUGCCCAGCGUUGCUCGCAGGCUGUUAGCCUUUGCUCUUUUUAAUUUGCCAUUAAACACACCAGAAGAGCAAUGCGUGAGUAUAAAGUCGUGGUCCUCGGGAGCGGUGGAGUCGGGAAGUCCGCUCUGACUGUACAGUUUGUCACUGGAACCUUCAUAGAGAAGUACGACCCGACAAUCGAGGAUUUUUACCGCAAGGAGAUAGAGGUGGAUUCCUCCCCCUCCGUGCUGGAGAUCCUUGACACAGCUGGAACAGAGCAGUUUGCCUCUAUGCGGGACCUCUACAUCAAGAACGGCCAGGGCUUCAUACUGGUCUACAGCCUCGUCAACCAGCAGAGCUUCCAAGACAUCAAGCCAAUGAGAGAUCAGAUAAUCAGAGUGAAAAGGUAUGAGAGAGUGCCUGUGAUCCUGGUGGGGAACAAGGUGGACCUGGACAACGAGCGGGAGGUGUCGUCGAGCGAGGGCCAGGCGCUGGCGGAGGAGUGGGGCUGCCCCUUCAUGGAGACCUCGGCCAAAAGCAAGACCAUGGUGGACGAACUGUUCGCCGAGAUCGUCCGGCAGAUGGACUACGCCUCUCUGCCGGACAAGGAGGACCCGUGCUGUUCUUCCUGCAAUAUACAAUAGCUCUCCUCCCCUCAUCUUUCAGGGUUAAGGGUUAUGCUGAUAAGUGCGGUGGAGAAGUGACCAUUUUGAAUCACCAUUUAAGAAAUCACAUUCCAUCAAAUGACACCAGAAGGAGCUUGUUGCAAUUGUCUCUCAAUCUCAACAGAGAUGGAAGAGAGAAUUGCUGUUGGUUGUGAGUGGCAAAGUUUACUCUCCAUAUGCACGUCAAUAACACGUGGCAAAGUUAUGUCUGAUUUCUCACCCUUUCAGUUUGGUGUUUUAAAUGAAGCCAAGUGGAUAAAGCGUAUAACUAACUAAUAAGGAACUGGAUCAAACAACAUGCCCAAUCAUGAAACCGUGUGUUCUCCUGCCCCGUUGUUCUUUAAUCUCUUGACCUAAGUUGGUCAGGAACAUCUAGUGUUGAUCACAGAAACUUGUCUUGUGCCAUUCAAGCCCCAUCCGAGGUUGAGGUCCAGUUUGGUCACUCCAGUGACAUCUUCGGGACAAGACACUUAAGUCUUAUCGGAAACGUUGAUGAGCACCAGAUUGGUUGGAGUGCUGGGUGUCUCCUGGAAGGACCAUUCUAGGCCCAUUAAAGUGCUCAGGGGCAUUUAUUAAGACUCAUCAGGGAAAUUAAGCUGAAUGUUGGAAUGAGCUUGAUUCAAUACAGUAAAAAAAAACAGUAGACUUUGAGAUCUAAAUCUGGGGAGGCGUUGAGUGGUCAGUAUCCCUAGUAGAGCCAUCAUUCUACCCAAAUGUUGAGAAUGUGAAACGUAUCUUUUUUUGCCUCACUUGUGAUAAAUGUAAAAAAAGCGAGUAAUGAAAGAAGAAAGACAUGCCCUCUUUAAGUUUUAUAAAGAGUGUCAAAAACAAAUUAGUUUUUUUAAGGCGAAUGUUUGGUUAAUCACUGUUUUGCCAGUUGACAUCGAUAGCGUAAGACAUGUUUUCAAAAUAGUUACAUUCAAAUGGAAAGUCUUGAGAACACUCCACCUGUGUGUUUAGAAUAUCCUGAUUUUACCAUGACAAAUCAGAAUAAAUGUAAGACAAAUUGUAUAUAACACAAUUGUGUAUAUUUUUUAUGGAAAAUGCUAAAUGUAAGUGGAUUUAUCAAACAUGUGCAUGGCUAAUUUGGAAAUCACAUUGUUUUCUGUUCAGGUUUGUUUUGUUUUUCACAUCAUUUUAGGUGUCUGUAGAGAUUACAUAAUCUGGAAUAUUCCAAUGGAUCUACACUUUGAAUCAGAUGUUGAGGCCUGCGACUACAUUGCCAUGUGGAUAUAUGGUUGCCUUUUAACCUUCACCAUUGUUUUCAUUUUUUUUUUUUUUGUAUUUUCAGAUUUAUUAUCAUCACCUAAGAAAUCUUUUGUUUUUAAAACCACAAUAAAAACACCCUCAACACCA